AGGAGCUUUUUGCUGCACAAAAUCUACGUCGUCGGCUAGAGUUAUCUUGCAAAAAUGGUCGUAAAAGAGACAGUUCGAGGGCUGGAUGAGUGCAAUGCUGUAAUAGAGAAAUAUCAAGGGAAGGUUCCUCUGUUUAUCCUCUUCUCUGGUGACAAAGAUGCUGCCGGGACGAGCUGGUGUUCCGAUUGUGUUGACGCUGAACCGGUUGUAUUAUCCUGCCUGGAAUCGGCCCCUGAAGACACGGUCUUCAUUUAUUGCUCAGUUGGAGAUCGACAGUUCUGGAAAAAUUCUGAAAAUGGCUUUCGGACAAACAACAAGCUAAAGUUAACUUCAAUACCCACACUACUCAAAUGGGGAUCGUCGAGGCGGUUGGUUGAAGAAGAUUGCAAGAAAGCGGACCUUGUCAAGAUGUUGUUUGAAGAUGAUGAUUAAUUAUGGAGUAGUUAUACCAUGAGACAGUUCCUGUUUGGUGGAUACCUCUGACCAUGUAGGUAGUGCUCUGACUAGAACUGGCUAAACUGAUUGACUAUAAUUAAAUGAAUAUAGAUCCAGUUAUAAUGUAUGCAUGUACUAGUUAGAUAUGCACAGUCAACCUGAUGACCUACAACCAAUGGGACAAUAGGGCACCUAGUUGGGUGAAGGUCCCCAACCGGAAAGUUCGCACAAGGGACAAUAGGAGGUCCUCAAUUGCAGGUGUUUAUAAUGCGUGUGGUUAUGUGUGUGUGGCUGGAAUCCCAAAUUUCCAAAGAUAUUAUUCCCAAAACACCUAACCCCCAGCUGCAUAGCAAGGGGAGGGGGUACCCUGGGGUGCAUAUCUCCUCCCACCACACAAUUUUCCAGUGUCCCCAGGUCACCCCCCAUCCCCCCCAAAAAAAGAUUGUGUAGUGCCUUCAAAAACGAGACAAUUUUUUCCCCCGAAGUGCACUUCAUGACCCUCAUCUUUGAAAAACUUUACCCCUGCGCCCCCACUGAGAUGCAAUGCCUCGCCUACGCCAGUGCUAACCCCCAUCCCUUCGCAUUUAAGCAAUCCCAGACUCAACCCUGUUCUACCAAGAUCUAUUAUGUAGAGCUGUACAUUUAAUGUUGAUAACAUUGUUUUCAAGCCUAACUGUAGUAAAGAAUUUAGGAAUUGAAGUGUACUACAAGCAUGAGUACUGCAUGUAUCUUUAAAUUUAACUUUAAUUAGAGCUGGCAUUCCAUAUCGUGGCCAGCUCUGGCCAGCUACAUUAAAAUCAAGGUAUUUAAAAAGAGAAAAACAAUGACCAGAACCAUCCAGAUCCUUCCAGUUCUAGCCAGUUCUUGCCAGAAUUGAAGAGUUACGUGUGCACAGACAGAUCUGUGGUGUAGUACCUUCAUGACAAUUGAGAUCUAGGCAGUUUUAGCCAGGAGGGAGAACUUGUAGAACUGGUUUUAGCCAGUUUGAUCAGAAUUGCAAUACAUGUAAUAUCUUGUGAUUGAUUUUCAAGUGAUGAGACUUCUAUAAAGAGGAUGUGUAAUUUUGCCUUAAUAAGUGUUGUAUAGUCUAGGUCAUCAAGACCGUACUAGUUCAUAGAGGUUUGGCUUGUAAAGUCAGACCAACAGCUAAAAAAAAACAUGAUGCACUGUAGCUUUUUAUGAUACUUUAUACCCUAACACUGCAUGCAUUAAAAAAUUAGCUAUUAGAAGAUCUUAUACACUUAGUAAUUCCUUCCAUUUCUUGUUGCUUUUGUUUGUGCUUACAGAGAUAGAUCUUUUUCUUUUUCGAACCUUAAAGGUGCACAAUGUAUAUGCAACUCAUUAUGUACUUAUGUUACUUUGUUUUCAUUUGUUGUAGCACAGGUCUUAAGGUCUUAGUAUGACAUUCGUUAAAAUUUUAUCCAGAUAAUCGUGUUUUAGAUAAAACUACAAAAUAAAAAUAUAUUCUGAUUUACAAUCGAAA